GCGGCUCUCUGGGGUCUGGAUUCUGGAAUAAUGUGGGCUGGGACCAUCAGGAUAGGUUUGCUGACGACCAUGAUUCUUUUUUUCAAUAAUCGAGUGUUCAGACUUGUGCGCAUAUCUAAUUUCGGAGUCGUAAAGUUAAUAAUCAGUUUUUGAAAACCUCUUGCUUGGUCUGGAUUUGAUUUUGUCAUGGGUUUUUCUAAAAAGCCUCAAGUAGACGGAGAAUCAGACGGCAAGAAAUGGGUUAUAGCCGGAAUAUCGAUUCGCGCUCCGUUGAGAUCGAUCAAGACGAAGCCGAAGGCGAAAGGUUGCGAUAACGAUGAUGAUUACGAAGGGUACUGUUCAACAACCCCAACGGCGAAAGAGUCGAGGUUAGCGGAGAAAUCGGCUUGCCCGCCGGCCCCGCGAAAGCGCCGCCCUACGCCCACGUGUCACUACAAUGGUGCCAGGGAGUUCUUUAAUCCACCGGACUUGGAAUCAGUUUUUAUCCAACGCCAUGUCGAGAGAGCAAACUGAGAGUGAUUUAGGAAGUUAGGUGCUUUUGGUUCUUUUUGGGCUUUUUUUGGUUUGGGUUUUUCUCUGUUUUUAGAAGUAGUUAUAGUAUUAGUACCAGUAGCUUAGGCCUUAGAAGAGCCUAGAGGAGAUGAUGGUGUACAAGUAUAUGAUUUUGGUAGUUUAGUUUGCUUAACUUUCGAAAUCUUGUGCAAGUUUCUUCAUCUUUUUUGGUAUGGAUUGGUUAGGUGAAUUUGUUUUCACAACUGUUUGUCUGUGUUGAAGGUUUGAAUGAAAGCUUGUUACUUGAGUGGGAUUGAGACAAUGUUUUUCAUG